AUGAAGUCUCUUAAUAAAGCGAUAAGUUUGUGUACCUAUUUACCGAAGAAUAUAAGGCUGAUCAGCACGUCAAGUGUAAAUACUAAUGCGGAAGACGGAUGGCUUAAGAAGCUUUUAGUGCGAAGGAUAGAGCCCACCAAAGAAUCCCAUAGUCGCAUGCUUAGCGACAAGGAGAUUAUUUAUGCUCUACAUACGCAUAAUAUUAGGCCGGAUUCUGUCGAUAAAUACUUGCAAAACUACAAAAAUUCUGUUGAUUUUGUCCAUUCCCGUAAAUCUGAAAUUGGAUGCGAACUUGUUGGAUCAUGGACAGUCUCAGUUGGCGACAUGGAUCAAGCCCUACACCUGUGGCGCUAUGUUGGUGGCUUCGAAAAGAUUGAUAAGGCCAAAAUAUUAUUUAGAACAAACCCUGACUAUGCCACUCUUGAGAAAGAGCGUGGUAACUUUGUGCGAUCCCGGCACCUACAGUAUCUGCUAGCAUUCAGUUUCUGGCCAAAUGGCGAACCACGUGAGCCCAGUAACAUUUAUGAGAUAAGAUCUUACAGUCUCAAGCCCGGCACGAUGAUUGAGUGGGGCAACAACUGGGCGCGCGGCCUCACCUACCGUCGCUCGAAGAACGAGGCCUUCGCCGCGUACUUCUCUCAGAUUGGACGUUUGUACAACGUGCAUCAUAUCUGGUGUUACAAGGACCUACAGGCGCGUCGUGAGACCCGCGAGAGUACGUGGCGCAACCCCGGCUGGGACGAGUGCGUCGCGUAUACCGUACCCCUUAUAAGGGAGAUGCACUGCCGCAUCCUCGAACCUACCGAGUUCUCGCCUACGCAGUAA